UACUUGAAAUAAGUUAUGAUGCUUUGGAAGAAUAUCAUCAGGAAAUUUUUCUAGACAUUUCCUGUUGCUUUAAAGGUGACACAUUGGAAUAUGUCACAAGGGCCCUAUCGGCCCGUGGUAGAUGCCCAAAAUAUGCUAUUCAGGUGUUGAUCGAUAAAUGUCUCAUAAAGAUUGAUUCAGGUUUUGUGACAAUGCAUGACUUGAUUCAAGGAAUGGGCAAGGAAAUUGUCCGGCGGCAGUCACCAAAGGAGCCUGAAAAACGGUCUAGGUUGUGGUUCAAUGAAGACAUUAUUUCCAUUUUAGAAGAGAACAAAGGAACUGAGAAGAUUGAAGCCAUAAAUCUGGACAUGCUUGGAGAUAAAGAGGUUAAAUGGGAUGGAAUGGCAUUUAAAAAGAUGUCAAACCUUAUGAUGCUUAUUAUUAGAAAUGCACGAUUUUCCACAAGUCCCAAGUAUCUCCCAAGUAGUUUAAAAGUGCUAGACUGGAAGGGAUAUCCUUAUUCACAUCUACCAUGUCAUUUCAACCCAAAGCAACUAGUUAUAUUGAGGAUGCCGGAAAGUUGUUUCAUGCUGACUGAAUCCCUGAAGAUGUUCCAGUCUCUAUGUGUCAUGGAUUUCAGAGGCUGCCAACGUGUAAAAAGAAUUCCUGACUUGUCUGAAGUCCCAAAUUUGAAUGAAUUAUGGCUGGAAGGCUGCAAAGAUUUAAUUAGUGUUCAUCCUUCAGUUGGUUUUCUUGGUAAACUUAAAAGGCUAAGUGUUAAGAACUGCAGGAAGCUCAGGACCUUUCCGAGCAUCUGGUUAAGGUCUCUUGAACAUUUUGACCUCUCAGAGUGCGAGAGCCUUCAGAAAUUUCCAGAAAUAUUAGGAACAAUGGAAAAUUUAAGAGAGAUUAAUUUAAACUAUAGUGGCAUAGAAGAACUGCCAUUGUCAUUCAAAAACCUUGCUGGGUUGCAAAAAUUAGAACUUACAAGGUGCUUGAGGCUUCAGGAAGUUAGAGGGAUUUCUCCAAACAUCAAAGAAUUGGAGUUAGUUAAUGUAAACUGGUACUCACAUUUAAGCUCAGAGUCUCGGAAAAUAUUACUCAAUCAGGCAUUGCAUGAGAUUGAUGGCUUGAAAAUUACAAUAGAAGAAGACAGGACACCGGAAUGGCUUGACCACUGCACUGAGGGAGAUUCAGUGUCUUUUUGGAUCCGAAAGCAAUUCCCAAACAUGGCUGUGUUUUGCUGCAUCAAUUGCGGACCCAUAUCACGACCAGCUUGAGCUGCAUAUUAAUGUCUGGAUCAAUGGAGUAGAUAUUGGCUUUCCAUACCAUGAAGCAAUUCAUGCAUCAAUUACAUCACAACAUAUCUUUCUGUUUGAUUUGCAGCACCUAAUUCCUGAGGAGAAACUCAAUGGUGUAAUUUUAGACCGUGAAUGGAACCAUGUGGAGUUGUACUGCUACUUGGAUUUCCUAAACUACUAUGCAGAUGAUUGGGAUAGCAGGCGUGGAAUAUCCUCACCAAAAUGGAGUGGAAUAUAUGUGUACAGGAAGAAAUCCAGUGAGGAAGACAUUCGAUUCACAAGUCCUGAUGAGGAUCCUAUCUUUCACUUUCCUCGAUCGGAAGGAUCUUCUUCAAAUCCCCUCUUUGGCUGAGUCAAGAAAGUUAAUACCAUGAAAUUAGGUAUUUCCCUUCUAUCUGAAACAUGAAAGAAUAUAUAGAUGAGAUGAAAAAUGUUACUUUGCUGUAUAAAAAUGACGAGUUUGUCUGGUAAUUUGUCUGAAGAGUUGCAUUGACCUUUUA